CUCGCGAGCGUUACUGUGACUGGCGGAGGCGGCGCAGCUUGGUCCGGCUCAGGGGUGUUGUGAAGCCGAAGGUGCCGCGAGGCGGGAGGGAGCAGAGACCAUGUUCCGAGUGGCGGCUCCUGGGCAGCUCCGGCUGGCGGCCUCAUUGCUACGAUUUCAGAGUACCCUGGUAAUAGCUGAACAUGCAAAUAAUACCCUAGCACCUAUUACAUUAAAUACCAUCACUGCAGCCAAACAUCUUGGAGGUGAGGUGUCCUGCUUAGUAGCUGGAACCAAAUGUGACAAGGUGGCACAAGAUCUCUGCAAAGUAGCUGGUGUAGCAAAAGUUCUGGUGGCUCAACAUGAUGCAUACAAAGGCCUCCUUCCAGAGGAACUGACACCAUUGAUUUUGGCAACUCAGAAGCAGUUCAGUUACACACACAUCUGUGCUGGAGCAUCUGCUUUUGGAAAGAACCUUUUGCCCAGAAUAGCAGCCAAACUUGAUGUAGCCCCAAUUUCUGACAUCACUGUGAUCAAGUCACCCGACACAUUUGUAAGAACUAUUUAUGCAGGAAAUGCUUUAUGUACGGUGAAGUGUGACGAGAAAGUGAAGGUAUUUACUGUCAGAGGAACAUCUUUUGAAGCUGCAGCAACAAGUGGAGGUAGUGCUAGUUUGGAACAGGCAUCAAGUACUUCCCCAGUGGGGAUAUCAGAAUGGCUUGAUCAGAAAUUAACAAAAAGUGAUCGACCAGAGCUAACUGGUGCCAAAGUGGUAGUAUCUGGUGGUCGGGGUUUGAAAAGUGGAGAGAACUUUAAGUUGUUAUAUGACUUGGCGGAUCAACUACAUGCUGCAGUUGGUGCUUCUCGUGCUGCUGUUGAUGCUGGCUUUGUUCCCAACGACAUGCAAGUUGGACAGACAGGAAAAAUAGUAGCACCAGAACUUUACAUUGCUGUAGGAAUAUCUGGAGCCAUCCAACAUUUAGCUGGGAUGAAAGACAGCAAGGUGACUACACAACAGUAAUGAUGCUAAGAGAAAAACGUUUUGUAUUCUAAAAUUUGAGUUUCA